AUGUCCUCUUCCACGACGCCCAAGCCCAACGAGGCAUCCAACACCACCGCCGCCUCUACGACCGAGCAGCAGCAGCAGCAGCAGAAUGCUCUUCCCUCGCUCGGAGCGCUCGAUGAGGAUGACGAGUUUGAAGAGUUCGAGGAGCAGGACUGGCCAGAAUCCGCAACGGACCUAUCGCAGUUCGGCGCAACGUCGUCCAACAACGCCGCCGCCACCGUCGGCCAGAGCGUAGGACUCACCAUGGGCUCGUUCACCACCUCUUCGGCGUCCUCGACCCAUCCCGCCGGUUCCGCCGCCGCUGCCGCCGCCGCGGGUGCUGGCGCAGGCGCUGGUGCAAACGCUUCACACUCAGCUGCCAAUGGCGAUCACCUCUGGCAGGACUCGUGGGACGACGAUACCGUCGAGGAUGACUUUAGCAAGGCCCUCAGGGCCGAGCUGGAAAAGCAGAAUGGCGCACAGGCAAUGUCGACAUAG